UUAAAUGGGAGAAUAUUUCUGUAUUUGUCUAUUUCUUAUUGCCAUUGUGUGUUUGAUCAUUUAUCCAAUAUUCAAUCACAAAUUUGUUUUCAUCUUCCUUCUCAAUUUCCCACUGCAAACCCAACCAUUAAAUUCUAUUUCAAGAUUGCCAAAACCAUACUCUUCUUCUUCCCCACUUCAUGAUUUGUACAGAUUUGAAGCUUUCAUGCAGAGAUGAGUUGAAUUUUCAGAAAACCCCAUUUCAAAUAUCAAUUCUCCCAAACCAAUUUCUCCUCUGAUUUCUUAAAUUUUUCCAUUUCUUGGCUGAAAUUCUCAUCUGGGUAACUUCUAAUUUCCGCAGUUUCCUCAAAAUCAGAGAGAAUAAUCAUCUUCUCUGAUAUGGGUUCCGUUUUGAAGUUCAUACUGUUUUCGCUUCUAUUAGCCUCUGCUUCUUCCCAUUUCAAUUCCAGCGAAGAGGGUUUCAUUUCGAUGGUUGUAUCUCAAAAGGGUCUUAACUUCAUCAAGGAUUUUUUGAUAGAGAAGGCUGUUUCCACAAUCAUUCCACUUCGUUUGCCCGCUCUUGAGAAGACUAUCAAUAUUGUUCUUAUUGGCAAAGUUCAUGUCGCUCUUUCUGAGAUAAUCAUUGGCAGCUUCGAGGUUGAAUCGUCGGACAUUCGGAUCGGCGAGACGGGUGUUAACAUAAUUGUUACAAAAGCCACUGCUAAUAUAAGUAUGAAAUGGCAAUAUACGUACAACACUUGGUUGUUUGAAAUUUCUGAUGAAGGAGACGCAUCUGUACAGGUUGAUGGUAUGAAUAUAGGCCUAACUGUAAGUUUAAAUCAACAAAAUGGAACUCUGGAGCUUACUGUUUCAGAAUGCGGAUGCAAUGUGGAAGCUAUCUCCAUACAUUUGCACGGUGGGGCAUCGUGGCUUUACCAAGGGGUGGUCGAUGCAUUCGGAGGGAAAAUAGAGUCAACAGUUGAAGAUAAUAUUGCCAAAAAAAUAAAAGAAGGGGUAGUAAAGCUUGACUCGUCGUUGCAGUCACUUCCACAAGAAAUCCCAAUAGCUGAUGUUGCUUCUCUUAAUGUCACUUUUGUGGGGAGCCCAGUGUUAUCCUCUUCUUCCAUUGAAUUUAAAAUCAAUGGUUUAUUCAACCCUUCUUACAAGAAAUUAGCUCCUGGCUACAACCAAGGCAAAACUCAAGAUUCCAGUUAUGGAAAAUCUCGAUAUGAAAAUGUUCUCAACUCUGCUUCACACAUUCCCUUUAAAAAUCUCCAUGAUGAAACUGAAGGCUCUGUCUACUGCAAUGAUUCAGCUAAGAUGGUUGAGAUCUCUCUGCAUGAACAUGUCCUCAACUCUGCUUCACAAGUUAUCUUUGAAGAAAAUUAUAUGCACUGGAUUGUGGACCGAAUUCCCGAUCAGCACCUUUUGAAUACUGCAGCAUGGAAGUGGGUUAUUCCUCGACUUUACCAGCAGUAUCCAAAUGAUGAUAUUGUACUAAAUAUUUCCGCUUCCUCUCCACCAUUCUUGAGACUGCGAGACAAAGAUAUUUCCACCUCCAUUUACGUUGACAUGAUAAUCAAUGUCCGAGACACCGGUGAAAUUAUACCAGUUGCUUGUAUCUCAUUGGAAAUUACUGCCUCUUUUUCUCCAGAAAUCUUGGGGAAGAAUUUGGUUGGUUAUGUUACCUUGGAAGACUUUGCAUUGGCUUUGAAAUGGAGCAAGAUUGGCCAUAUCCGCCUUUAUCUAAUUCAGAAGACACUCUCGGGUUUGAUCAAAACAGUUUUGGUGCCAUUUGCCGACUUGUAUCUCUUAAAAGGAAUCGCGUUGCCGAGUUUUCAUGGAUUAGCCCUCGAGGAUGCUGAAAUGGUUUUCAAGUCUUCAAGGAUCAUCAUAUGUAGCAAUGUUGCCUUAAGUGAGGGAUUCAGACACCAUCUUGUUUACUCAAGCUAAAAACAACAUUGCUUUGACAUGUUAGGAACUUGUAAAUUAUCUCAUUCAUGUGAAUAGUACAACCAAAAGGAGAUGAAAGAGGAAGCCUAUUUAUUUGUAAACUCUAAAUAAGCUCAUGUACAGAAAGAAAAAAAAAACCCUGAUCCGACCUGACCCGACCAUCAUAUGCAACUAGGUCGAAGAAGCCUGUAGUCGUUCUCAACGCACUCAUGGGCUAUUGUGAAUGUUGAUGUUAGAAGGUAUUUAAUAUAGUGUUGGCAAUGUCAUAGAAGUUACGAAAUUUGAUAGUAUGACUUCAUUUGAAAUGAUGGAUUGUCUUUGGUUGUUCUUAUAAAUUUUGAGGGUCUUUGAAGUUU